AGUUAGGCAGCUAGCUACAGAUGAGCAGCAGGGGAAGGCGGAGGUGGAGACUCAGGAUAUGUGAGCCAAACAAAGAGGGGCUGAGGGACAGGUUGCGGUCAGCACAUCCUGAAGCAUCAGGAAGCACGUGGCCUAAGGGGAAUUCCCCGAGGCACGCAGGCGCAGUUUGAGCCAAGCGAUAACCAGAGAUAACCCCAACCUCAUUAUGUCAUCAUUAUAAUAGAAUUUACAUGUGGCUUCACCUCCUCCUCCCCUCCAAGGACUUUUCUUAGCGAAUUUUGGGUAAAAACAUGGAAUUAUGGGUAAAAGCAUGCGCAGUAUAACUCGUCACUCACGUGACGAGACCUUGUCACUGGAUCUUAACCCAACUCCUACCCUUAGGUUCAAAGCGCUUAUUAACACCCCGCGCCCAUAUAGCUGGGCUGGUUUGGUUUCACUUCAUAGAAGACAGUCCGCUCUCUCUCCGAGAGUGUGUCUAUGCUUUAAGUAAACUUUGCUUUGAACUUAUACCCAAAGUGUUAGUCUGCAAUUCUUAGCUUAUUAUGACAAGGACCGAGAUGGCUGGUCCAGAUUCGUCUAUUGACCUCCUCGGUUGAAACUCUCCAACACAACGCACACCAAACCCAUAACAUGACCGGUCCCUUAACCCUCCCAUCAAAACCCGCCAGGACACCGUGUUCACGAAUAUUUGCUGUUUAAUCAUCAGUCCUCCCGACCCCACAAAGCUCAGUAUGGAGCUUCUGGUGGUAGAAGAGAAUGAAGUCCAGCAGGACUCACUGGAUGAAUGUGAUUUGGCUGGUUCUAUUGGUCAUCAUCUGUCAGACUCCUGUACGCCUUACAGAAGUGCCUCAUUCCAGUCAGAUAAACGAGAGGUCUCCUCGGCUCUAGAUGUAAAUGGUGACACCUGGGAGGACCGUCACCAAAGGCCUUUGAGUUUCCAAGGCCCAGGGGUACACACUUCACAAGCACAGCUGCAGAAAAGCACCCACAUGACCAAUUAUCUGCAACUGCAGCUGGACCAGCAUUUCGAUUGUGGGACAGCAAAGCCACACUUGGUCUUUCCUCCACCAUCUGGGGCUUUACUGCCAACUCUGAUUCUGGAAGCCAAGGACCACUCUUCAUACCAAUUACUUUAGGAACUAAGAAAAGAUAUCGCCAAUUUGGAAGAAACCACAUUAUAAAAUGUACCUUUUCCAUUUGA